GGAUGAAGGGGAAGACCUGGAAGUAAAAGUUUCCCGAAGCCAAAGAGAUGAAAAUGUCAAGGUCAACCCCUGGCUGGCUCUUGAUCAGGGCUGUUUUCCCUUUCUUUUUUUUUAUUCCCACAGAUCUGAGGCUGUCAGAGAUGACUCUGGUUCUGUCCAUGAAUAGAUUCUGCGAGCCCAUUGUCUCGGAAGGAGCUGCCGAAAUUACCGGGUACCAAACACUAUGGGAAGCUGACAGCUACCGAGGCCCCAGCCCCCCAGGGCCAGCACAGGCUCCUUUGCAGGGAGAUCGGGGAGCCGGCCCCCCACUGGCAGGAUCCCAUUACAGGGGAAUUUCAAAUCCUUUAACAACAUCCAAGAUCUCAUACUUUAAGAGGAAAUAUGUGGAGGAAGAGGAUUUCCACCCACCACUCAGCAGCUGUAGCCAUAAAACGAUCUCCAUUUUUGAGGAGCGAGCCCACAUCCUUUAUAUGUCCUUAGAAAAGCUCAAGUUUAUUGAUGAUCCUGAGGUGUACCUCCGAAGAUCUGUCCUCAUCAACAACCUGAUGAAAAGGAUCCAUGGAGAGAUCCUCAUGCAGAACAACUGGUGCUUCCCUGCCUGCUCUUUCAAUGGCGCCUCCGCCCAAGAGUGGUUCAUGGCUCAAGACUGUCCUUACCGGAAACGACCACGGAUGGCCAAAGAGGAGUGCGAAAAGUUCCAUGCCUGCUGCUUUUACCAAGAAUGUGGUGGUCACUACCUAAAUUUGCCUCUUUCUGUAAAUGCUAGUGUUGGAAGUGCCUCCGCCGCUGCCUCCUCUUCCUCUUCCUCCUCAUCUUCCUCUUCCUCCUCUCCCCCUCUGCCUUUGCCAAGCUGUUCCCACCAGGUGGAUUUCCACGUGGGCAGUGCACCUAUUUACAAGAGUGAUGGCCAGAUACCUGCCAAUGAAAUCUUUGUCACUAAUGUCAGGUCACUUGGUGUCCAGGAAAAGGCCAAAUUAAAUGAUGAGAAAGCAAAUCAUGAGACCAACAGAGAUGGUGACCCCCUCAGCCAUGAACCUGUGGGAAAUGACCUUGAUUUUGAAUGCAAAGGCCAAUUUUAUGAUUACUUUGAGACUGGAUAUAAUGAAAAAAACAAUGUGAGCGAGUCUUGGAAAAAGUCUUUAAGGAAAAAGGAGCCUUCGUCAAGUAACAAGCUGUGCUGUAGCAAAGGAAAUAAAAUAUGAGCCAUCUUCUCGCCAAAACUUUGAAGCAUGCACAGCACGAUCAAUUAGCUCUCAUAAAUUUUAUUUUGAAUGGAUUUUAUAGUUUUGUACAACUGAUGAAAUUAUGCCAUGAACAUGCCAUGUCGUUUUAAUGCCUGGAGAACAGAUUGCAGAAAACAUCUGUAGUAGGCAUCAGCGAGCUACUUAGAAAUGUGGUGAUUUUUUUUUCUUUUUACCAAGAAAACAGUUGACGCAAUGCUUAAAAGUAUAUCUUAGUUUUCUUACCAAAAACAAAAAAGUCAGUAGACUAGAUUGGGGGAUUUAUGUGACCUUGUGAUAUUUUUCAUUGUCUCCCAAGAAGCCUGUCAUUAGAUAAGAAAGUUCAAUACAUUUGCCAAUUAAUUAAGUCAUUCUUUGGUAAGCAAAUCAAGAUAACCAGCAAAAGAUGGUCUGCUUCUUCAAUUAUGAUGCAGUAUUUUUUUUUCUAAAUAAAAGACUGAAGACAGAGAGCUAGAUGAAAUGGCUUCGCAGCGCUAUUAAGUAUUUGUAUCUGACAGUCUCUCUGACAGAGGAAAGUAGGAUGAGACAUGAGGAAACACCUGUUUAGGGGAGCAAUCAACAGUCUUGGAGAGGGGUAUUCCCUAGGAAUUCCUGACUUCACUGUAGCUUACGGGUGAUGAAGCUUUUAGUGAGGUGGUAUACAGGGCGAUUUUUGGUGCCUUACUUUCUCUUAAUUUUUGCCAAUGUGAAAAUUAAGGAUAAAUCAGAGUUACAGCAGGGAUUUAACAAAGAGGA